AUGGAAACUAGUGAGAAAGAAUCCCUUGUAGAAAUUAAAUAUCUGCAAAAAUCAUUACUAGAACAGGAAGACCGGCUUCUGAUCUCUUUAAACAACAUUUUUAUUGCAGAUGUCACAAUGGGAGUUCUUGAUACCACUUGUCUUACCAAGGUAGCUAUCAAUGGAGAAGAAAUAUAUACUCUCAACUUGCAAGAUCAUGACAACGAUAAGAACAGACUUUAUAAGAUAAAAUUUCCUAAUAGAGCUACCUUUGUUUUGAAUAUUUUUCCAAUGAAGAAGUGUUUAGAUAAACAGAUUGAGAGAGUUUUAACACAGCUAAGAUCUGGAAAGUUCAAGAGUAUACUUAUAGAGUCUCUCUGUGGAAUACAGGAUAAGAUAUUAAGAAGAAUGAUGAAGCCUCUAGCAAGGAUUCUCCCUUCAGUUACUUCAAACGUCUCAUUUUCUUUUAUGGGAUUCACUUCGAAGCAGUUUCUUACAAUAUUAGGUAACUGUGACAAUCUGAAGAUGAUGGAGUUCUAUGAUUCAAGAUUUGAGGAGAUUCCUAUCAGCAGUUGGUUAAAUAAAGCUCCUAUAAUAGCAAAGAAAUAUCCUAAGAUCAGAGGUUUAUAUUUUUCAUAUUGUCAACUAUCUGAUGGUAGUGAGUGGAGACCCAGUCAUUCAGUAUUACCUUCCAUCCUAGCUACAAUUAGCGCCUGGACUCUUUCACAAUCUCUUGAGAGUAUUAAAGUAAGUGGCAAGUUUAUAACCCUGACUAAUCUCAGAGAGCUAUUAAACGAAGCUGGCCUUCAACAUAUUGAAUGUAAGUAAAAU